GGCCACUCCUUGUCAUCGGCACAUUCCACGGAGUACAGUACGGGGAGAAGAACAUAAACAAUUGCAUUCCCAGGCUAGCUUCGUUACUGGGCAUAUUUGGUGUUAAAAUAGAACACUAAACAAGACGUUUGACACGUCUGCUUUUUUUAAUCAGUACAUAUAUGAAACAACUACACUGCCUGGAUCGGGUGAACUUUUCUCGUUUAAAUAGAAACAGAUAAGCAGGUCUCUGUAACCCAACGCCAGAUGGCGAUAUUUGAUAGCCACUGCUAUGAUUCUAACACAACCGAAAACUGUGAGGGAGAAAGCAGUGCCAGUAAUGACGUUUGGAGUGCCAGCCAGCUAGUGCUAACCGGCUAGGUAAUGCAAAAUCAGAUCCCGCUCUUCUUAAAUGAUUUUGUCAUCAGACUAAACGUAUACCUAAAUGGUUUACUUGCAGCGAGUCCGCGUUAAGAUUGGGGAUUGUACAAAAAAAGCAACUGGACGUGCAUGUAGCUCGCUCUUUUCUCUGCACAGGAUCUGUAGCUAGCUAAGUUAGCAUAACUGCCCAAACCAAAACAAGCAUUGGUUCUGUUGUGCAGUGCAGUGGACGUUGCUGGUCGCGGAACGAGUAGGACUAUUGCUUAUUCUGUACAUUUGGAGGCCAUUGACAACCCUUGCUAUUUAAUUUAGUGUCCUGUUCUGCAGCUAUGGCCAGCACAAGCAUGGUUUCUGCAGCUGCAACGGGAGAUAAAACCUCAUGUUCGAGUUCUAAGAAGAAAAAUGAAAAGAAGUUGGCUUCUAAAGAAGAGUUCAGAUUCCUGUCCAGUAUCAUGGGCGUCAUGAACAACUUGAGGAAACAAGGAACUCUAUGUGACGUGAUCUUGGUGGUUCAGGGGAAACAUAUUCCUGCUCACCGAGUGGUGUUAGCUGCAGCCAGCCACUUCUUCAGUCUAAUGUUUACCACCAGCAUGAUGGAGUCUACCAGUCAUGAGGUGGAGCUGAGGAGUGCUGAGCCUGAGAUUAUUGAACUGCUGGUGGAGUUUGUUUACACUGCACGAAUCUCAGUUAACAGCAGUAAUGUCCAGUCUUUGCUGGAUGCUGCCAACCAGUACCAGAUAGAACCGGUGAAGAAGAUGUGUGUCGACUUCUUGAAAGAACAGGUUGAUGCUACCAACUGUCUGGGUAUCUCUGCUCUGGCCGAGUGUUUGGACUGUCCCGAGUUGAAGCUGUCUGCCGAUGACUUCAUCCAUCAACACUUUACUGAGGUUUAUAAACUGGACGAGUUCCUCCAACUAGACGUCUCACAGCUCACACAGUUACUGCACCAAGACACACUCACUGUCCGGGCUGAGGACCAGAUCUAUGAGUCUGCGGUAAGAUGGCUAAAGUACGACGUGUGCAACCGGCAGGGUCACAUAGUGGAGGUGUUGGGGUGUGUCCGCUUCCCCCUGGUGUCUAAAGCUUUCCUCUCUAAGACCGUCCAGGCUGAGCCCCUCAUUCAGGACAAUCCAGAGUGCCUCAAGAUGGUCAUCAGUGGGAUGCGCUACCACUUGUUAUCCCCAGAGGAUCGGGAGGAGUUAGGAGAGAACAGUCGACCACGACGCAAGAAACAUGACUACAGGAUUGCUCUGUUUGGAGGCUCCCAACCGCAGUCGUGCAGAUACUUCAACCCUAAGGACUACAGCUGGUCAGACAUCCGCUGCCCGUUUGAGAAGCGCCGCGAUGCGACGGCCGUGUUCUGGGAUAACGUCGUCUACAUCCUGGGGGGAUCUCAGCUGUUUCCCAUCAAGAGAAUGGACUGUUACAAUGUACUGAAGGACAGCUGGUACUCCAAGCUAGGCCCUCCCACACCACGAGACAGUCUGGCCGCCUGUGCCUCUCAGGGCAAGAUCUACACAUCUGGAGGGUCUGAAGUAGGCAGUUCGGCACUGAACCUGUUUGAGUGUUACGACACGCGCUGCGAGUCGUGGCAGACCAAGGCCAGCAUGCUGAUGCCUCGCUGUAGCCACGGCAGUGUGGAGGCCAACGGCCUGAUCUAUGUAUGCGGUGGGUCGCUAGGCAACAACGUUUCUGGGAGGGUCCUCAACAACUGUGAGGUCUACGACCCCGUCAAGGAGGAAUGGAGGGAGCUGAGCGGGAUGAGGGAAGCCAGGAAGAACCAUGGUCUGGUGUUUGUCAACAACAGAAUCUACGCUGUGGGAGGAAUGAAUGGACUGGGGGGGCUGGACUCGGUGGAGUACUAUGACAUCAGCAGGAAUGAGUGGCACAUUGCCGCGGCGAUGCCGUGGCGAGGGGUGAACGUGAGGUGUGCUGCAGUCGGCGGAGUGAUCUACGUCCUGGCAGGGUUCCAGGGGGUCGGACGACUAGGACACAUCCUGGAGUACCACACUGAAACAGACAGGUGGGUGACCUGCAGUAAGGUGCGAGCGUUCCCGGUCACCAGCUGUCUGAUCUGUGUAGUGGACACCUGUGGAGCCAAGGAGGAGGAGACGGAGUCAGCGCUCACUCACACAAUACCCCCGUCCUCUUCAUCCUCAUCGUCAGCAUCUUCCACAGCGUAACCCGUUAGCUUUUGACGUUUUCUUCUGAGCACAUUAUUCGGACGAUGAGGGCUGGUUGGUGUGGCGUUAAACUGAAGUGCCAACCAUGCUGCAGUUUCAUACAGGCCCACAUCAUGUAGAAAGCACAGUCUCUUUGAGGUGAAGCGUCACCGUAAACCCUAACAGAAUAUGGAAUUUGAAAAUAAUAUUAAAUCCGUAUGUUGAUGAUUUUCUUGAGCUAGGCAGGUCUUCGAAGCUAGAGAACGACGACUAAUCUAAUGACUGAUUGAUGAGCUCUCAGCCAAUCGAGUACAAAUAUGAACUGAACAUGUUUUAACCAGAACUGGAUCAAACAAUUUGAGGUGUGCUUGAUAUAUAGAGUUAAUUUGGCACUUUCCAUUCCAUAGGUUCCAUUUUACAGCUCAAGCAUUGAUGAAAUAUUAUUUGGGACUAUGCAUUUUAUUUUUUGUGUUUAUUUGAUGGCAGUGUGUAUUAUAUUGUUCUGUGUAUAAAGUGUGUGGUGUGUCUGAAAGUGCAUAGAAGAAACACUAGCUGAUACUAUGCUUUUUACAUGUACUGUAUGUAUGUAUGUAUGAUAAAUACAGUAUUUUUACAGCAUGUUCA